AUGGAGGUGAAGGAAAUCAAAACACACAUCACAAGUUUGGAGAAGGCGAAGGAUGACAAAACCAUCCUAAACAUUCUCAACAUUCUUAAGAAUGAAAUAAAACCAACAGAAAAGCUUUUGAGGGAAACAAAAGUUGGGAUUGUUGUUAACAGAUACAAAGGAUCAGAGAAUCAAGAAAUCUCUACACUUGUUAAAAAAAUCAUCAAGUUUUGGAAGGAUGAAGUUUCACGUGAAAAGAAGGCUAAAGGUAGUACAACAACAUCACAGAAAGCUGCUUCUCCUAACACUUCAACAACAUCAAACAAUACAACAACCACUUUACACAAAAAAUUUGUUGCUAAUGGACCAAGAAAUGCCUUGAAUGAUGGUAUCAAAGUGGAUUUCUAUGAAAACAAAACAAGAAACGGUGCUGUCUCAGCCUUAUACAAUGGGUUAUGCAUUGAAUCAGAGCAUCCACCUAAUGCCUUACUAAAAGUUGCUAAAGAGAUUGAAGCUGAAGUGUUUUCAGCUGAAAGAUUUGAUACAAGUUCGAACACAAAAUAUGCACAGAGACUAAGAACCUUGACAUCCAAUUUGAGACAAAAAAACAAUCCAGAAUUGAGAAAUAAGAUCAAUAAUGGUGAUUUACUUCCAAAAGAUUUCAUAAAUAUGAGUCCAAAAGAAAUGGCACCAGAAUCGCUAAAGAAAGAAUUGGAGGAGAUUAAGAGAAAGAAUUUGUUCAACGCUCAAGGUGCUACACAAGAAAGAGCUGUCACUGAUAGAUUCACUUGUGGUAAAUGUAAAGAAAAGAAGGUUAGUUAUUACCAACUGCAAACCAGAUCUGCUGAUGAACCUUUAACUACUUUCUGUACCUGUGAGAAUUGUGGGAACAGAUGGAAGUUCUCCUGA